AUGUUCUCGUCGCCAGUCGAGAUGUCGAGGAACAUCUCCAUCACUUUGCUUUUCGACCGAUUUCAGCAGUUUGGUGUCAUCCUGCAUCCUUCUAAAUGUGACCUAGGAGCCACUUCUCUUGAGUUCUUAAGUCACCUGAUCGAUUCAAACGGCAUUCGGCCUCUUCCCUCAAAGGUUGUCGUCAUUCGGGACUUUUCACUCUCUACAUCGAAGCGUCAGUUGAAACGGUUUCUUGGUAUGGUGAACGUUUAUCACCGGUAUCUCCCGAACUGUGCCCAUACCAUCCUACCUCUGACCAGUCUCCUCUCAGGUUCUAAGCACACCUUUGAACUAACACCAGCAGCACUCACGUUAGUUGAGCAGGUAAAAGCCCUGUUGGCUGAUGCCAACCUCCUGACUCACUUUCAUGCUGAUGCACUCAUAUCUCUGAUGGUCGAUGCCUUCAACGUUGCUGUUGACGCGGUCCUUCAACAAAGUCUGCCAGAUUCAACCGUGCCUUUGGCUUUCUUCUCCAGGAAAAUAUCCAAGGCCAGAACCCGCUACAGCACAUUCGGUUGUGAACUUCUCGCCGGUUAUCUUGCCGGAGGCACUUCCGGCAUUUACUCGUAG